AUGCACCCCGACGAGCAGCGUCGGGGCACCAUCCGCUCGGCCCACGGCGGAGGCCGGUCCCGACGGCCCUCGUCGGCCGUCGACCACAAGUACCCGAGCAUGGACCGGUCGUGCGCCAUUAUCCUCAUGUACUGCAUUUACUUCUGUUACGUGCUCGCUUGUUUCGGUGCCAUGCUGGCAGUGGCGGGACUCAUGCUGCGCAUCUCGAGCGAACAGCCCGGUGCUCACGACAAGGGCAAGAUCAUCGCCGGGACUGGCAUCGGGAUUUGCGCAGUGUGUUUUGUGCUUGCUUUCUACUGUCGCUCCGUGAGGCUGGACGAGCAGAUCAUGGAGACCAUCAAAGAGACCACCGACGACCGCGAGUGGUCCGUCUUCAAGAACCCCAAGGCGGGUUGGUGGCACAUGCGCUACGGCAUGGCUGACCAGAGCUCCAUCCGCUCGAUUCAGUGCAACGUGAGGCCAGACUCGGCCGCGUCCACCUCCUCGGUGGUUGUCUACUACCAGACCAAGCCGGUCGAGUCCACGCCCUCGGAGAGCAGCCCUACCCACAGGAGUAGAGACAGCGCCCUCUGA